AGUAAUGAAAAUGCUCGAUAGGCCAGAUUAGGAUGAAGCUGGCAAGUAACGAAGAAAGAAGAAAGAAUGGAUAUUUCAGAGGCGAUUGAAAAUUAGCACUGACUGCACUCCAUUCGUGCAACAGAGACUCUCCACGCUUUGCUUUUAUAUAUAAUAUACAUACAGCUAUGGAAAAAAAUGUGAGACCACCCUUGUUGUUCGAGACAUCUUCCAAAUGUGUGUUCUUUCCGUGUCAAAAUGCAUUUUGAACAAGAGCGAUAAGCUUGACUAGUGAGAUGUGAAUUUUUAUUUACCUGACGGUGAUUAAUAUUUCUGUACCCUAUCUCGCCCAUCCAAGUAUUGUCCCAAUACCUGCACAAGUGUGUGUGUGUGAGUGCAUGUACUUUCAGGGGAAUUCAUGCUCCAGUAGGCAGAAGGCAGGAGCGAUAUCAGGAAAAAUCUCAGUUGACCUGUUGAUCAUUUAUGAGACACAUGAUUACAAAAACGAUUAUAUGCAAGACGAUCAAAGUGAAUGAGACCAUAAAUAGCGGCAGCAAAACCUUUCAGUGUUUUCCCUAUCCAUGUUAAUAUCGUGAAAUGAUUCAGGGUACACCUGUUGGAUGCGUCAGUGAGAAGAAGGGAAUAUGAAGAUGUUGAAGAGGUUUUCCACCAUUCUCAUGAACACAGCCGUUGUGAUGACGUUUGUAUUCAGUGUGACCAACACACAAGAACCAGGUUCAGCUCAAUCAAACACGUCACUUGAAACACCGACCACCAGAGGAACUUUGGAAACGACCAACAACAGUCACUUCACGGCAACUGACACUAGACCGAGCAAUGUGGGAACACGACACUUUCAAACCAGUAGUAAACCAUCAACUACAGCCAUUGAGUACAACACAGAGUCACCCACUUUGUAUCAAAGAUCAACUGAAGACAAAUCCAUCGGUCAAGAUUCAUCAACUGAAUCAUCCUCCUCUUCAGGGCAGCAGAUGACAUCAGUAGCGAUAUUCUUGCCCAUAACAUAUAUUCGAUCAGUAAUCUCGCCCGAAACAUCCCCCAGCAUGGCAACUGUGCAAACGACUGACAAUGACCAGUCUAUAGCAACAUCCAGUUCUUCCCCAGAUACUGAAGUUUCUUCAGGACUUAGCACAGACAGAACACCAGUCCAUGUAGAAACAACUCAACUCACUCUCACCAGCAAUGAACCAGCAACAACCGGUACUUCUUCAUCUUCAAAACCACAGCUUACAUCUGAAACAACUGUAACAUUUGCAGGAUCAACACCUAAUGAGUACACAGAGUCGGCAAGUUUGAAUGUGACGUCAACGGAGAGGAAACCAACCAGUCAAGAAGCCUCAUCCGGUGGAAUAUCGUCCACAUCAGAGUCACAGACAAAAUCUAUGACAACAAUUAUGUCAACAGAAUCAAACACGUCACCUGAAACAUCCACCAACAAGGCAACUACGCAAAAGACUGACAAUGACCAGUCUAUAGCAACAUCCAGUUCUUCCAUAGACACUGAAGUUUCCUCAUUUUUGCCUUCCACAUUCCCACCAAUGACCACCCAGUUGAGCAAUCCUUCAUCAGGACUCGACACAGAUGCAACACCAGUCCAUGUAGAAACAACUCAACUCACUCUCACCAGCAAUGAACCAGCAACAACCGGUACUUCUUCAUCUUCAAAACCACAGCUUACAUCUGAAACAACUGUAACAUUUGCAGGAUCAACACCUAAUGAGUACACAGAGUCGGCAAGUUUGAAUGUGACGUCAACGGAGAGGAAACCAACCAGUCAAGAAGCCUCAUCCGGUGGAAUAUCGUCCACAUCAGAGUCACAGACAAAAUCUAUGACAACAAUUAUGUCAACUGAAUCAACAGAAUCAAAUCCGUCACCUGAAACAUCCACCAACAAGGCAACUACGCAAACGACUGACAAUGACCAGUCGAGAGCAACAUCCAGUUCUUCCACAGAUACUGCAAAACCUCACCUUAGUACUCCCACGGCAGCCACACUUAUACCAGGAAUCACCAGAUUAUCGACAGAUUCAACAUCACCAAUUACAACUAAUGCAGUGGUCUCUGCUUCACCAACUACUAACCAGACGCAAACCUCUGAUCCAGAUACAUCCACGGAGCACGCACCUUACACACUCUCCCUCGGUAGCACACCUUCGACACAAUUUACCGUCACACAUGACGGGACGAGGGCAGCGACCUCCGCAGAAGUCCUCAUCACGACAUCUCCUACCAUCACACAGUCGCAAUCCACUCCCACGGUAACGGGUGAAUCCACUACCCCUCAGUGCAGAGACGAGGACUGUAAGUGUGCGGCAGGCAAUUGCACGUUCAGUCCAGAACUCGGUCACUGCCUCUGCCUUUGCCAAGAGGGUACAUUUGGAGAUACCUGCACCUUCGGAGAGAACUCCAUAGCUGCUAAUAUUGGUAAGGAGGACUACACCUUUCUAAACGAUUUGCGGUGGUACUUUGAGUUGGGCGACUGCAAUCACAGUCACUGA